UUCACAAGGAGAAAAAAUGGUUGCAUCCCGAAAUUAUGUUCAACUGAGAGUUGUUGUGAGCAGGUUGCGUUCAGCUUGCAGCGUACUAUUUUGAGCGUUUUGGAAGGUGUUUUCCCUGACCUGGUUUGUGACAGCGGCCACAGAAGCACAUUGGAUCAAAAUGCCUAAAGGAGGAAAGAAAGGUGGCCACAAAGGUCGAAUGAGGACAUACACAAGUCCCGAAGAGAUUGAUGCUCAGAUGAAAGCUGAAAAAGAGCGAAAGAAGAGGGAAGAGGAAGAAGAGGCAUCAAAUGAUAACUUGGUGGAAGAGAAACUCCAGGGAUCUGGGUCGGAAGAUAGUGAUGAUGAAGGAAGUUCGAAAAGGGGGUUGGAGGGAUUAAUUGAAAUUGAGAACCCUAAUCGCGUGGCACAAAAGUCAAAGAAAGUGACUGACAUCGAGCUGGAAGGGCCAAGACAACUUUCAAGAAGAGAAAGGGAGGAAAUAGAGCGACAGCAAGCAAAAGAAAGAUAUAUGAAAAUGCAUUUAGCGGGAAAGACGGAUCAGGCCAAAGCAGACCUGGCUCGACUUGCAAUCAUCCGGAAACAGAGGGAAGAAGCUGCAAGGAAAAAAGAACAAGAGAAGAAAGCAAAAGAAGCAGCCGCCACAGCAGCAAGAGGAGUCAACUCCUUAUCUCUAAAAUAAUGGCGCGUGGAUAGACCAAUGUUUGGUCGUGCACAUAUGGACUGGUGCUGAAUAUGCAUUUCAUGAUCUUAACGGUUUUUAAAGAAGCAAAGCAAGGUUAUCCACUGUAGUGUAUGAAUGUUAUAUUUAUAUAUACAUAUAUUUAAUAUAUAUUUAAAGAAGAAAAGGUGAAAGACAACGUUGUUUGUUACUGACAUAUAGGCCUACCAUUCAGUUUGCGCACUUUACAAACUUGGUAUAUUUUAAAGUAUAAAAAAAUAUUGCUGUUACUGAUUCAUUUGAAUCUAGACCUACUUUGCCUGUAUCAUGAAUUGAUGGAAUUACACAAUAUCUUAUGAUAAAGUUUUGUCUUUCAAGAACUCAUGACACACUUGUGAAACAUACUAAUUUGUAUGCUUCAAGCAAAGUAUCUGUAUGAGGGAAAUCAAGUGUGGGGCAAAUAAAUAUUGCUCAGACCUGCA